AACGGUCAACAAGCUCAAGAAGCGCCAGCUGGAAGAUCGCGAUCGCGCCGAAAUGGAGCAGCUGUUCCGGCAGAACGAGACGCGAAAGUUCUACGAGAAGGUUGACCGGUCCCGCAAAGGCUAUGCGCCGCAAGCCAACACUUGUCGGGACUCAAAUUGUUGUUUGUUUAUUUCUCAACAGGCACUUAUUGCCCAAAUGAACUUAAAACUAAGACUAAAACUAGAACAUUCGUCUUAACACUGAUAAAAACUUGGACUUUAACACAUCGCGAGACAAACUGACGUCAAAAACAUAGGACACUUUAUUGAAGGCUCGCUUCAGUCCGACGAUGGCUCCGUUGGCCAACACUUGUCGGGACGCCGAGGGAAAUCUCCUUAUGGACAAAGUCGAGGUGUUGGACAGGUGGCAAUCACCUCAACGGCGAUGUAGCGCAUGGAUACGGCUUUGAAGCCCAAUUUGGACCGCCAACAGUUCCAACCUGAUCUGGAGACGGUGAAGAUCAACAGGGCCGCCGGUAAAGAUCGGUUACCCUGUGAGCUCUUCAAAUAUGGAGGAGAGCAGAUGACGUGGGCGAUCCACUUGAAGAUUUCUAAGAUCUGGGGGGAGGAGAAACUACCAGAAGAAUGGAUGGAUGGUGUCGUGUGUCCCAUCUACAAAAAGGGCGAUAAGCUGGACUACGGCAACUACCGCGGCAUCACGCUUAUCAACGCGGCCUAUAAAAUCCUCUCUCAGAUCCUCUGCCGUCUGCUGACACCGUACGCAUGGAGGUUCGGGGUUUACUGGCGCUCGGGCCACCACGGAUCAUUUUUUUUUUCGCUCCGGCAGAUUCUCGAGAAAUGCCGUCAGUACAACGUGUCCACACAUCACAUCUCCAUCGAUUUCAAUCAGCGUCUCCUGGACAAACUGACUUGACUGAUCAAGGCUACCUUGGAUCGUGUGAUGUGUCACGUGCGAGUGGGAGCUAGGUACCCCUUCCAAUCGCAUCAUGGAUUACGACCAGGAGACGGCUUAUCCAAUGCGCUGUUUAACAUCGGACUUGAGGGAGUUGUGAGCAGAGCGGGUAUAGACACGAGAGGCACGAUAUGCAACAGGACAGUCGAACUUCUUGCUUGUGCGGACGACUUUGAUAUUAGAGCGAGUGAUCUGAGACGAUGAAAAGGGCUUACACCGCCUUGAAGACGCAAGCAGGACGAAUUGGAUUGGCCAUGAAUACGACGAAAACAAAGUACAUGAGAGGGAUGGGCUCCCCA